GACAAAAUUGGGCAGAACUGCUGUGUAAAAUUUACUGGGGCGGGUUGAGUAAGAUCACUUCCGCUGUUCCGCCUUUUGACAAGUGCUUGAGAUUUGAGCCUGCCCUGAAUAUUUAAUUACAGUUCUGAGAGGCUGCUUUGGCGAAAGGAAGGAGUGAGCGAAGAGGUGGAAAGGAAGCGUUUGCGGGGUCAGCGAGAAAUCGAAACUGACUCGGGUCUUGGACAGAGAGGAGAGGGGACACCGACUGAAGAAGGCCUAAAAGAAUGGAAAAACAAGCACUGCUCAGUGCCACUGGACCCAGGGACAGCUAUGGAUCCAUGCCACCAGAGGCUGAUCCAGCAGCUUCAGCUUUCCCUGAAACCUCUCCAGGUGAGGAAUGGGCAUCGGCGCCCCCAGUCGAUAUGCUGGACGACGUUGUUGGGUAUGAAGGAACCGCGUCGGGCGGUGAUGGAAGCUACAUUCUCCCACCGGUUUCUAUAGCAGAAGGAGCACGGAGAGACGUGCCUCGUCCGCAGACUGCGUGGAGUAUUCCCAGCAUCACUGAAGACAUAGCUAGAGAAGCAUUCAUUGAGUUUGCAUCCAGCAAAUGCUGCUACAGCAUCAGCCCUGCCAAAGACAUGAUCUUUCGGGAUUUAAGACCGUAUAACACCUACAGAUACCGCCUAGAAAGCUUCACUGAGUCCAGAUCAACUAAGUGGAAGAUGGUGCCUUAUAGUGGGCAGUUUGUGGAUAGCAGUGCCUAUGGAAUUCCUCCCCUCCCCUGGGAUAUAAUAGUGGAGAGACCGCCGAUGUUUCAGGACCACGAGAAGAAAAUCGCAGUGCCCCACACUUCAUCCAUAAAGGGGUGUCACAUAUGUAUGACAUUGGGCAAAAUAGCAUGCAACAAAUGCACUAUGACAGGGCAGGUGAAGUGCUGGGUGUGUAAAGGUCGAGGAUCCCAACUUGGCAAUGAUAUAUGCACACGCUGUAAUGGCUUUGGACUUCAAAAAUGUACUCACUGCUCUGGUCAGGGGACAGAAUUGUGCAAAACAUGCAAAGCAAGUGGACAACUGAUGGUGUUCAUCCAGCUGACAGUCAAAUGGAAAAAUAUCAUUGACGAAAGCAUUGCUGAUCAACAAAGUGGACUUCCUUUGGACCUUUAUGACAAAAUGGCAGGCCAAAACAUCCUCACUGAUCAACAAUACAGGGUCUAUCCUGUAGCGGGAUUUCCGGAGAAUCCGAUCAAUCAGGCCUCUCAGCUAGCCAUCCAAAAACAUCAGAGCGAGCUGACAAGAACCUCCCACAUAAUCCAACAGCGUCAGACGAUUGAGUUCAUUCCGAUUACCCAAGUGUUCUACGAGUGGAAAGGAACAGAAUACAACUAUUUCACAUGCGGUACAAAAAAUAAAGUGUAUGCCCCAGACUACCCUGCAAAAUGCUGCUGUUGCAGCAUUCUGUAACCACACCAAUCAGAAACUGCUGCUGCUCCUUUUAAAAAAGAAUAUAUCCACACAACAGCCAAGAUUCAGCAGCUCGCUACCCAAGCUACCAAAAGCCCAGCUCUUGUUCGGCACAUUGCUGGUGAGUUAACUCUCUGCCAAACCUAUGCCACUUACUCCAAUCAGUAGGUGAUCAUUAUUCUGAUAAUUAAGACAAUGGACCAAUCUUGAGACUCUCUGUGGUUUACUGGUGGAUUACCUCAUCCAAUCAGUCCUUGACUGGGAUGUAUACUGGUUCAAAUGGUGAUCUCCGCCCUUGUAGGAAUGGGUACCACAGUCGCAGUUAAGGAGAGAGACAAAAUUAGCUCAGGCUCCUGCAUUGACUCAGUGACUUCUGAUGGGGCUGCAGAUGUAUCAAGGAGCAUUUGAUCAUGCUUGGCUGUAUUGGCUCCACUUAAGGAAAAGGCCUGGCAGCAUCCAAGGAUCGAUGCCCCAUUGUGGGUCACUGUUUCUGAAUGGGGGAUGGGGGAAGUCUCUCAAGUAACUACUCACUCCCAUUAUAGAAUAGGGCUGAUUUUAUAAAACUCCAACAUCCAAUCUGCAAUCUCUUCUGCUUAAACACUAACUCUCUGUGUUGAAACUUUGCAAUGGAAACCUUGCAUUAAUCGCAUGUCAAGUGCAUGCAAGUGGAAGUUAGUAACUGGGGUUUCACUCGAGUGUAUAAAAUACCACUGGUGUGUUUAGGCGGUGUAUGUUUGCAAUGUUUCAUUCUGUAAAUAAACGCAAGACUAAGUAGAUCGGCUCAAGGAUCCUUCUCACACUCUCCUUUCUGGUGUAGAAUGUAAGAUUACCCUUUGUAAAUCACUGUGGAGGUAUAACUAAUCCUCAAAAGGUCUGCACCAAGAAUAAAGAUUGUGUUGGCACAUUA